CGCACUCUGAGCGGCGCCAUGCUCUACCCCCGGACCGAUAGCUAGCCUGCUGAAAUGCCUCCUGAAGACCCAGCCCGAAAUGUCCGACCCAAGCCACACGUUGUGUUAUUUCAUUAAUACAAGAUGUGAAGCGAGAGUACGGGAGAUAAAAUGGCGAGGUAUUGAGUCUUACGUUUCCGUCUCGCUCGGUGUAGCGUGGCAGUGGCAGUGGAUCGUUUCCAAAGUUGUCGGUUAGCAGGGCGCGUGUGAAGGAUCGGAAUUAAAGGCACAGCGCACCCGUUGUGGCUGCAAACAUGGAGAAGCAGCAGAGCGAUUUGGAACGAGACCGACAGUACUGUGAACUUUGUGGGAAAAUGGAGAACCUCCUCAAGUGUGGUAGGUGCCGGAGUUCCUUCUACUGCAGCAAGGAGCACCAGAAACAGCACUGGAAGAAACACAAGCUCAUUUGUAAGGAGGCGGACAAGGCGCAGCUUCCCAAAAAUAAGCCCGAGCCGACUCCGCCGUCGGGGGACGACAAGGAACCGGAGAAAUACCGAGAAACGAUAAGCCCCGAACAGGCGGACAGUGCUUCUUUACCACCAGCCACAAACACAGAAGCACCUGGGGUCGGCGACAGACCGGGUGAGGACGGGUCCAACGACACCGCCACACCUAACGGACAGACUAGCUCAUCCCCACAGAAACUUGCCACGGAGUACAUAGUCCCGUGUAUGAACAAGCACGGCAUCUGUGUGGUGGACAACUUUUUAGGAGCAGAGACUGGGCUAGGCAUUUUGGAGAAUGUCAAAGCCCUGCACAAAACGGGCAAGUUCACAGACGGACAGCUAGUUAGUCAAAAAAGCGACUCCACUAAAGACAUCCGAGGUGACAAAAUCACGUGGAUAGAGGGGAGGGAGGCCGGCUGCGAGAAGAUCCGCUUUCUAAUGAGUCGCAUGGACGACCUGAUAAGACAUUGUAACGGCAAACUGGGAAACUACACAAUAAAUGGAAGGACAAAAGCAAUGGUGGCAUGUUACCCUGGAAACGGAACAGGAUAUGUGCGCCAUGUGGAUAACCCCAAUGGUGAUGGACGGUGUGUCACAUGCAUAUAUUACCUAAAUAAAGAUUGGACUGCCAAGGAACACGGUGGCCUUCUUCGAAUCUUCCCUGAAGGAAAGGCCCAGUUUGCCGACAUAGAGCCCAAAUUUGACCGUUUGCUGCUGUUCUGGUCAGACAGACGGAACCCUCACGAGGUUCAGCCCGCCUUUGCCACCAGGUAUGCCAUCACGGUUUGGUAUUUUGAUGCAGAUGAGCGAGCCAGAGCUAAAGAAAAGUACUUAACAGGUGCAGGAGAAAAAGGAGUAAAGGUUGAACUCGACAAACCAUCAGAUCCCAGCUAGUGGGAAGCCUGCACCCCCUGCAAACAGCCAUUAAGUGCUCUGUCCUAAGAAAGUGGCCUAUUGAGAGCAUGUGUGUGUGUGUUUUACGUGGCAAAACAGCAGACUUUUGCUUGAGUGGGUGGAAGAUCCAUGUUCAUGGAGACAAAACAAAUACACAGUGAUUUAUGUUCAUUUUCAGCAACCGGGGCAACCCAGCGGACCUUGAAUGUCAUGACAUUGUACUGAAAGGGAUUGUGUGAAUUUUUUUUUUCCAUUCACCUCUUCGGUGAAGAACGCUUACAUUACAGCAGACGUUUUCGGAAAAUCACUUCAAGCAGGAAUUAAGCUCAGAGAAUCUACAUCUUUUGCAUAUUUGUUUUUGCAGUUAAUUCCUUAAAGGUACAGUGUUCUGCAUAUGCUUAAUGUGUUAUGCUUUUCACAUGGAAUCAGCUGUUAUAAGCUACUGUAUGGCAAAAUGUGCUUGAGUUUGCAAUAAUAUGAGGAAUGAUCUGAAUUAAAAA